AUGGAGCGCAAGAGGAGGAAGCUUCCCCCAAACAGGAGCUUUAAUUUUGGAGUAAAAGACCAACCACAGGCAAUGGUCAAUUUCCGUAAUUCUUUGCGCCAGAUCCAUCAGCACAUCGCUAAAAACAACAGAUUUGACCAGCAAAUGGAAAAAAGGCGGUAUGCCCAGGAUAAAAUGGAUAGAUUACCGAGGCAGAACUAUCCCCUAAAUCACCAGGUCAAGUGGGAAAGACAUGUUGGAGGAAGAAAUAUGCACAGUUUUCACCAUACCAGGAAGAUACCCAAAGAUGAAUGUCAGUUUGAAAGAUCACAACAUUUUAGAGGAGACAACACCAAGCUUAAUCACUGGCAAGGAAGUAAAACUAAGGCAAACGAAAGGCCAGUGAUUCGAGGUGGAAAGCGCAAACGAUGUUGGGAAGAUGGCACGCAGCUUGGAAGACCCCAACAAUUAAGCGAGGACAACACCAAGCUUGAUCACUGGCAAGAAAGUAACAGGAGCCAAGGGGAGCCUAACAAAACUAGGGCAAAUGAAAGGCCAGUGAUUCGAGGUGGAAAACGCAAAAGAUGCUGGGAAGGUCACACAGCUGAGGAAGGAGAAGGUUUGAACAACAAAAGAAAACGGGGUGCAGAAACAGAGUACAUUGUUCCUAGAAUUACAUUAGAAGAAUUAGAUAAAAAGUUGGCAGAAUACACACAAAGUGCUCAAAUCCCACCAGUUCAACCAAUGGGCAUCAACUAUCCCAGCAUUCAAGGCUCAAUGGGCAUCAACCCUCCCAACAUUCAAGGCUCAAUGGGCAUCAACCCUCCCAACAUUCAAGGCUCAAUAGGCAUCAACCUUCCCAGCUUUCAGGAAUCAUCAGUUGAAGACAUGGAAAGGUUCACCGGAAACUUUGUAUACUACAUCGAACCUGUGAUUCCAGGGCAUACAUUGAAAAAAACCCUGCAAAGGGUAGGUUACACCAUCAUCACAGAGACCGAGUAUAUUAUUGGAAGGAAAAUCAAUACAGAAGAGGCAAAACAAGUUGCCUUUGAACUGUUUGUGGCCAGAAUUCAGUGCCAAGAACUAAUUCAGCUGAUAAAUCAAGGUAAAACAGACUGCUUGGAACCCUUAUUUAAAGAGUCUUCUUCUGAGAAAGAUGAAGGAGAAGGGACUGAAUGUAAAAAUGCAGAGCAGCCCUCCACGGACAACAAUAUGCACAUUUUACUUGUUUUUUCAAAAACCGAGGGUAUUGAUAACCGGGAAUUUAAAUGUAAAAUAAAAGAGCUCACUACUAAGGGACUGGAGAAUAGAGUAUUGGAAGAGUCAUUGGUAUCACCUUUGAAACCAGAAAGUGUCCAUGAUGAUUCAGAAGGUUAUUUUAGCAAACCCUUAGACAGUGAAGAAUUUAUCAAUAAAUACAGUGAUCUCAACCUGGCUCAAAAGCCUAUAUUCCCAAGACAUGAAAGCAAAACUAUUCAUAUGAAAACCCACGAGAAGAAGACUAGUCAGUGGAUAAAACCAUUACUUGAAGAAUCAAAUAAAUACCUCAUCGGUCUAGAAUCUUCUGUGAAUGCGACGGCCAAUCCAAAAUCUUUAGAUGAAGCAGGUUGGAGCAAAGCCAUGGAAUUUGUACAAGAACCAGUGAGUGAGGCUAGAGGUGAAAGCAGUGAUGCCAUGGAUUACUCUCCUGGUUGGCAUAAAUCAAACAUAGAAGGAAAUUUUGGUAAUAUGCCCCACAAUGACUCUAGAGUGGACUAUAGCAGGUCAACCAAGCAUGGACAACCUUUAGAGAGGUCAGUAAUUAAACUGAAAAUGGAAAAAAUGAACAAUGUGUUUUUACCUUACCCUACUGAAGAGACUUUACCUCCAAACAGUAAAGCACCAACCAGUGGCAAUGAGUUGACCAACACUGAGUCAAAGUGGAAAUUAUCCGUGUGUGAAGAUCACUUUAGUGGUGGUUCCACAUCAAAUACUGUUAAUGCGGGGUUGUGUACACCCAAACUCACAUUUCCCAUGAAUAAAGCUGUUGAGUGUAGUGGCGAUAUAGAAAACAUAAGUCACCUUCGAGAGCCUCCAAACUCAACAUACAUCCCACCAGUUGGGGUAGAGCGUCAUAUCGGGAAAAUCUCAGACUUGCAACCUGAGGAGGACCAAUCCUUGUCUCAGUCAUCAGAUAUAGUCCAAAUUGAUGAAACCAUAUAUAAUAUGAACACAGAUACAAGGGAGGAUUUUGUAAUUAUUACCAGGCGAGAAAAUUUCCAAAGUUGAAUGACGCUGUGCCGACACAAACCUGAGACUUAUUGUUCUAAAUUUGACUUUGAUUAUCUGCUUGCUGCUACAUUGAAACAUUUUUACUUCAUUCAAAAAAGAAAUUCUGAAUGGGUUCAGAUCCUUAUCGUGUAUAGGUACACGCAUGCCAACAUUUCCAUGGAGAUUUUAAGAAGACAUGCCCAUCCAGAUGGUUCUCCCUUGCAAUAUGAGUUGGUAGCAGAUGCACUAAAUCAGUGAAAAAGAUACAGCAGCCCAUAUAUCAGGAUUUAAACAACCUUAGCAAAUAAAAUUCCACAGCCAUUAUAUGUAACCAAAUAUAUGCUGACCAAUCACAACUGGAGUUGUACUUGUGCCUCACACGGUGGCAGGAAUCUUGUUGGUGUAUGUAAUACCUUGUCUAAUACAUCACCACUUUGUCUAUCUUUACCAGUGGUAAACCACGCAUGGUCCUACAACCAUUGCAGAACUUCUUUUAUCCAUGUAGCAAAAUGCACUGCAGAUUGUGGUGUUCCUGCCCUAUUGGGUUUUUUUUUUUGGUUGGUUUUUUUAAGCCAUACCCUCCUGCUCGAUGCUACAGGUAAGUUUACAUUGACUGGACCAGUCAUACAGGCAUAGCAAGGAGAAUCGAGGCAAUCCAUUUUUAAAUGAAGGAUGAAGAACCGAAUUUGUUCUAUAUUGAAUGAGAGUUGAUCUGUAUAUUAAUGCAUUUUCAUUGCAUUUUCUCUGGAACAGAUGACAUUCAGGUAACCUACUGACUGACCAGCCAAAUUUUAAAUUGUGACUAUGAAAGAAGAAUGUUACACCAGCCUCACCUCACUAGCUUUUGGUGAUGACCACACACUACUACCAUGUAUAGAUUGUUGACUAUAUUCUGCUCUUCACUUGUUGGACAUCUUGUUGGUGUUUUU